AUGUUUAUUUCAUUACAGCAUGAUCCUGCGUGUAUCACGUUUCCGUAAUUGGUAAAGAUUGGGGAGAAACUCGAUACUGCAUAAAUUAAAUAAAUUAAGCGCACUGUGCUGGUCUUCCACAACCGUAUUUUACAGUAUAAUGUCUUGGUAAUUGAAUUGGGCAUAUUGUGCAUUAGCCCCGCGCUCAUGUGAAAUAUCGACUAAAUCCAUGCUUUUCAAAUGUGUCAAGAAGAAAUGGCAAAUGUGGAUAAUGACAAACGUUCGAAUGGUACAGAUUGCUUUCACCAGAAGAGCAGAAUCAUCUUAAAAUCAAAAUACUUAUCGUUAUGUAUCACAACAGAACGAACAUAUAGGUUACUGCGCAGUAAUGUUAUCGGUAGAAAGGCGUGGCGUUAAGCUUGUGGCAGGCAUACUGCCACUUGAUCUGAAUAUGCUGAAGUGUUUAUGGCGUAGGUACUAAUUCCAUAACUCCUCCAUAGGUUGCAACUUGACUGAAUCCAGAUGUGAGCAAACGUAAUUGCUGAACCCAGGUAGCCUAUGCACUUUAGUGUUACUUAACCAGCGCACAGCUCUGCUCAGCUCAUGCCUAUAACCACAUGAAUAAUGAAUAAUGUUGUGAGGCACAUUACACUGGCGAUAUGAAGAUAUUAAUCUAUUUUAAGAUAAGGCGUUGGCCUAAAAGUGGACCUAUGUCUACGCCCUGAAUGUAAGGCCUAGGCCUAAGGAGUGAGGAUCAUUUUCAGUCGGCUGAAGAAAAAUCACAGUGCCCAGCCUCAUGCAAGUACAGGUCGAUCAAAAUGGCUGUAAAAUGUGAAACAGAUAAAGUGACAAUUACAGACAGACAAUGUACAUCAAGGGUAGAGUGGGAUGCAUGUUUAUGAGCGUGUAUCGGGCUCUCUGGGGUCCACUGGAAGUAAAAUGAUUGCUGACGCACUUAGGAGCCCAUUGAAACCCACGGUAAAAAGGGCCAUUCAUUUUUCAUUAGGUGGUUAUCUCUGUCUGUCUCUCUCUCUUUUUAAGCCCAUCGAACCAACUGACCAGAUAACGUUAUUUGUUCACACCACCCUGAGUCACCGGCACCGCGUUUUACUUGUUCUGAAAACAGUAUCCUGUGGACUUGAUGUUUUCACCGGGCCCUUCUGCGUAUAGUGCCAUUAUUGAUAAAGUGAGUCUGGUCAAAUUUCUUCUGCGGUCUUCUGAUGUUCUCUCCCAGUAAUGAUGUAAGAAUGGCUUGGAUUUGCCAGUGAGUGAAUCGAGGAAUCACCACUCGUACUGGGCUACUGCGUGGACCACCGGAGGUCUGUUCGACUUUCAUCGACACACGUUUUAGUGAGAUAUCAGUAGCUAAAGCCUACUGCCGAUGGGAUUGUCCGCAAGAAAUAUUUCACUUUAGCACUGGAAACUGCAGACAAGAGGAUUGACAUAUAAGCCCGGUGGAAGAACAUCAGUGACUGGCGGGGAAAUACAUCCACAGAGAAUCACAGCAUGCUUCAUGUGCAAUAUGACAUCAGGACGUGCGUGAGUUUCCUGACCGCUUUCCUGAUUUACACCUGUCAAGCACUUCGGAAUUGUGGAGACUUCCAGUGUAGAGAGGACCAGCAAUGCUGCCAGCACGGCAACGUGACUAGUCGCUGCUGCAAGCUGCCGCUGCACACCUUCUUCGACAACGUCGGUUGGAUUACACGGAAACUGUCGGGCAUUCUCAUCCUUUUGCUCCUUUUCGCCAUGGGUUAUUUCAUCCAGCGCAUUAUCUGCCCGAGGCCGCGGAGGCAACAGGAGAGAGAGGAGGAUCCCUCUCUCUUGAACACGCACACCACUGCGUCUCAGGACUCGCUGCUCGACCGCUUCCCGGACCAGUGCAUCACGGAUUUCACCUCACCGGUACUUCAGCUACCAGCGUACGAUGAGGUGAAAUAUUUGCCAACAUACGAGGAGACAAUGCAAGAGGUGGAAAGAGACCGUUCUGAUGAUAAUCUAUUGGCAUGUUCCAGAGGACAAGUAAGGGUUCCAAACAAUGGUCGGGGAGAGGAGAGAAUGGGAGCUGUGAGUUCCACAAGGACCACCCGCAACUCUGUGUAAAUGAAGACAAAACUGUAGGCUACUUCUUUGGCCCGUUAUUUUAAAGUUGUUAAAUUCUACGGAUAAGCUACCCCGUUUGAACAUUUAAGUGCAAUUAUAAGCAGAAAAGAAUGCUGGAAUAUUGAUUUUUAAAACCACUGUAUGUUUGUGUCUAAAAUGUCCCGUAUAAUAAGAGGAAAAAGUGAUAGUAAUCUGGUAGUGCAUCGCUUCGUGUUGACAGCUAAUCUGGCGCUAACAUCUCAUAACCUCCAAGCAAUAAACUGUUCUACAGUUUUGAAGUGUACAUUUUAGACGUAUUUUGAACAUUUUGAAGACUUCAUUGAAUCGCUCUCAUGUUUGAAAUUAAGAUCUGUAGAGAGUGAUUCUGUCAAACUGUUCAAAUUCUUCGGGAACAGCUAACACCCUGUUAGGACAAUCACUGGACCAAGACACUGAUGGGAAUACAAUCGGCUACUGUGCAGUUGCGUCUUUGAUCAUGGAGCACGGCAUAGGAGGCCUCACCAAGAAUUUAGCAGAGAAAAGCAAAGCAGU